AGCAGGGCUGGAGAGACCGCCAGGGAGCAUAGUCGCCAGUCCAGCACCCAGACUCGCCUGGCCAAAGACUGCGCCGCACACUUGCCAGGAUUGCCAAACAUUCCUGAAAAAUAUACCUGCUAUUUAUGGCAUGUGGCUUGUAACUUUACUCCUGCUGUACUCUCUCCGGGAAGUACACAGUGAGGAUGUGGGCUCUACCAGGCUGUACUUUGUGAACGCAUCCCUGCAGAGGCUGACCUACUCCAGCUCGGUGGGGGUGUCUCUGCCCUGCCCGGCGGGCGGCACCCCCACCGCCAUCCUGCGCUGGUACCUGGCCACCGGCGAUGACAUCUACGACGUGCCCCACAUCCGCCACGUCCAUGCCAACGGCACCCUCCAACUCUACCCCUUCUCACCCUCCGCCUUCAACUCCUACAUCCACGACAACGACUACUUCUGCACCGCAGAAAACCAGGCUGGCAAGAUCCGAAGCCCCAAUAUCAGAGUCAAAGCUGUGUUCAGGGAGCCGUAUACGGUGCGUGUUGCAGACCAACGCUCCAUGCGGGGCAACGUGGCCGUGUUCAAGUGCCUCAUUCCCACCGCUGUGCAGGAGUACGUCAGCGUGGUGUCCUGGGAGAGAGACACUGUCUCCAUCGUCCCAGGUAACAGGUUCUUCCUGACGUCCUUUGGUGCUCUGUACAUCUCAGAUGUCCAGAAGGAGGAUGCCCUCUCCACCUACCGCUGCAUCACCAAGCACAAAUACAGCGGAGAGACACGUCAGAGCAAUGGAGCCAGGCUGUCUGUCAUGGACCCCACCGAAUCGUCUCCCUCUAUCCUGGACAGUUUCCAGGCGGGGGAAGUCCCGGCUGGUCAGAGUGUGGAGCUCCCCUGCAUGGCAGCAGGGUACCCCAGCCCCACGGUGCGCUGGCUAAAGGACGGGCGCCCGCUGCCCUCCGAUGCACGCUGGACGCGGCGCCUCACGGGUCUGACCAUCAGUGACCUCAGGCAGGAGGACAGCGGUAGCUACGCCUGUGAGGUCACCAACAGCUUCGGCUCGAAGGAGGUGUCCGGAGCACUCUAUGUCAUAGACCCCCUGCGUGUGACCCUCUCCCCUAAGAGUCUGAAGACGGGCAUCAGCAGUACCCUGUUCUUUACCUGUGCUGUGGAGGGUUCGCCAGAGUACACGGUGGCUUGGUACAGGAACACGGAACCUAUAGUCCCAGACCAGCACAUCUCUAUACAGGGCUCCCACAACGACACCCUGCAGAUCACAGCCGCUCAGAAGAGCCACUCUGGGGCCUACCAGUGCUUUGCCUCCCGCAAGGGCCACACCGCCCAGGACUUCUCUAUCAUACUGCUGGAGGACGGCACUCCUCGUAUCGUGUCUUCCUUCAGUGAGCGCGUGGUCGCCCCCGGUGAGCCAUUCUCCCUGAUGUGUGCCUCCAAGGGAGCCCCACCCCCCUCCAUCACCUGGACGCUGGACGAUGAGCCUGUGGUGCGAGACUCCGCCUACAAGACCAGCCAGUACACCCUAUCAGACGGCCUGACCGUGUCACAUGUCAACGUCAGCAGCCCGGCCAUCCGUGACGGGGGAGUGUAUCGCUGCGCCGCACGCAACUCGGCCGGUAGCGCCGAGUACCAAGCGCGCAUAAACGUAAGAGGUUCUCCUAGGAUCAGGGAGAUGCGUGACAUCACGGCUGUGGCAGGAAGGAACACCUUUAUAACCUGUCGUGUGAUUGGUUACCCCUACUACUCUAUCAAGUGGUUUAAGGACGGCAUGCUGCUGCCUGACAACCAUCGCCAGGUGGUGUAUGAGAAUGGAACCCUGAGGCUGAGUGAUGUGCAGAAGGGCAUGGACGAGGGUACCUACCUGUGUAGUGUGCUCAUCCAGCCACAGACCUCCAUCGACCAGACUGUCCACGUCACUGUCAAAGUGCCACCCCUGAUCCAGCCCUUUGAUAUCCCCUCCACGUCGGUGGGAAAGCUGAUGUACAUUGCCUGCGUGGUGUCGUCAGGUGACAUGCCCAUCCGCAUCACCUGGCACAAAGACGGGCAACUCAUCGUGCCUGGUUCCGCCUCUGGUGUUGGCAUAGAGACCAAGGAAUUCAUGAGCUCCUUGCAGAUCUCCAAGGUGACGCUGAAGCACAACGGCAACUACACCUGCAUCGCUAGCAAUGCCGCGGCAACCGUCAGCUGGGAAAGACAGCUGGUCGUCACCGUUCCCCCUCGCUUCGUGGUCCAGCCCAACAACCAGGAUGGGAUCUAUGGGAAGGCAGGAGUACUAAACUGCUCUGUGGAGGGAUACCCCCCUCCCAAAGUCAUGUGGAAACAUGCCAAAGGUAUAGGGAACCCCCAGCAGUACCACCCUGUGCCUCUGACUGGUCGGAUCCAGAUCAUGUUCAACGGCUCCCUGCUGAUUCGGCACGUCCUAGAGGACGACCGUGGAUACUACCUCUGUCAGGCCUCAAAUGGAGUGGGCUCUGACAUCAGUAAGAGCAUGGUCCUCACCGUCAAGAUUCCAGCCAUGAUCACGUCGCACCCCAACACCACCAUGGCCAUCAAGGGCCAGAUGAAGGAGCUGAACUGCACAGCGCGGGGCGAGCAGCCCAUCAUCAUCCGCUGGGAGAGGGGCGACACAGUCAUCGACGCCGAGAGGAACCCCCGCUACUCCAUCACCAUCAACAAGAAGGGGGACGAGGUUAUCUCCACACUCAAGCUGAAGCCAGCGGAGCGCGGGGACUCAGUCUUCUUCUCCUGCCACGCCAUCAACUCAUACGGAGAGGGCCGAGGACUCAUCCAGCUUACCGUGCAAGAGCCUCCUGACCCUCCUGAGUUGGAGGUGAGAGAGGUGAAGGACCGAAGUAUGAACCUGCGCUGGAUCCAGAGGUUCGAUGGCAACAGCAUCAUCACCAGCUAUGACAUAGAGUAUAAGAACAAGUCUGAUACUUGGGAUCACAAGUACACCACCAGAAACAUCUCCCCCACUAACAACCAGGCUAACAUCGUGGAGCUGCACCCUGCCUGUGUCUACAGCAUCCGCAUGUACUCCUUCAACAAGAUCGGACGCAGCCAGCCUAGCAAGGAGCUCACCAUCAGCACUGAGGAAGCACAACCUGAUGGGCCCCCUAUGGAAGUGAUCCUCCAACCAAUGACGUCUCAGAGCAUACGGGUCACAUGGAGGGCCCCCAGAAAGGAGCUUCAGAACGGGUUGAUCCGGGGGUACCAGAUCGGUUACCGUGAGAACGGGCCGGGCAGUAACGGCCAAUACAGCAUUGUGGAGAUGAAGGCCACAGGGGACAGUGAGGUGUACACCCUGGACAACCUGAAGAAGUUUGCCCAGUAUGGAGUGGUGGUCCAGGCCUUCAACAGGGCUGGCACUGGUCCCUCUAGCACUGAGAUCAAUGCUACCACACUGGAGGAUGUGCCCAGCCAGCCGCCCCAGAACGUGCGGGCUAUCUCGGUGACCUCAGACGAGGCGGUGAUCACGUGGGCGGAGCCACCGCGUCUGACGCUGCAUGGCGUGUUGAAGGGCUACCGUGUGGUGUUCUGGUCCCUCUUCCCCGACGGAGGUGGGUGCUGUGGGGGCCAGGCACAGGGGCCGAUGCAGAAAUGGGGAGAGAUGCAAAACAUCACUACAACUCGUGAGCAGGUGGAGCUGAGAGGGCUGGAGAAGUUUACUAACUACAGUGUCCAGGUGCUGGCCUACACACAGGCUGGGGACGGGGUCAGGAGCAAUGUCCUGUACAUCCAAACCCGCGAGGACCUCCCAGGUCCUCCAGCUGGUAUCAAAGCCGUGCCCUCAUCUCCCAACAGUGUGGUCGUGUCCUGGCUACCCCCCCUUAAACCCAAUGGUGUCAUCCGCAAGUACACCAUCUACUGCUCCAGCCCAGGCUCCGGACAGCCUGCUCCCAGUGAGUAUGAGGCCAACCCAGAGAUGUUGUUCUACAGGAUCACCCAUCUGACCCGCGGUAAACAGUACCUCAUCUGGGCCUCCGCCGUGACAACUGCUGGCCGCGGCAACAUCAGCGAAAAGGUCACCGUGGAGCCUGCUGGGAAAGCCCCAGCUAAGAUCCUGUCGUUCGGGGGCACAGUGACUACUCCCUGGGUGAAGGAGGUCCGUCUGCCCUGCAGCUCAGUGGGAGAACCCACCCCCACCAUCAAAUGGACCAAAGACAGUGAGGACUCGACUAUCCCUGUGACUGUGGACGGGCAGCGUCAGAUCCUGUCCAACGGUACUCUGGUGUUACGUUCCGUCAAAGCUGAGGAUUCUGGGUACUACACGUGCACGGCCACCAACACCCUGGGCUUUGACACCAUCAUAGUAAACCUACUGGUGCAAGUUCCUCCAGACCAGCCCCGUCUGACCGUCUCCACCACCUCCACCUCUUCCAUCACCCUGGCCUGGAUCCCUGGGGACAACGGAGGUAGCUCCAUCAGAGGUUUCGUCCUGCAGUACUCAGUGGACAACACAGAGGAGUGGAGGGAUGUGUUCAUCAGUUCCAGUGAGCGUUCCUUCAGGCUGGACAACCUGCGCUGUGGGACCUGGUACAAGGUCAAACUGGCAGCCAAGAACAGUGUGGGCUCAGGACGCAUCUCUGAGAUCAUCGAGGCUAAGACCCACGGACGAGAGCCCGUGUUCAACAAGGAGCAGCCCCUGCUCACCCACAUCAACUCCACCCACGCGGGGCUCAACCUGCAGGGCUGGACCAGCGGCGGCUGCCCCAUCACCGCUCUGCUGUUGGACUUCCGGCCCAAGGGCACGUGGGCCUGGCAGAGCCUGAAGGCCAACGCCACGGCCCAGCUAUUCCUCAGCGAGCUGCGGGAGGCCACCUGGUACGAGCUGAAGAUGAAGGCCUGUAAUAGCGCCGGCUGUGGGAACCAAAGCUCCCAGUUUGCCACCACAGACUAUGACGGCAGUACCAUCCCUCCUAUAAGCUCGGCCCAUGAGGACAGAGAUGAUGUGAAGAAGCUGUUCUCCAUCGGUUCUCCUGUCAUCCUGGUCACCCUGGGCGUCGCCCUGCUCUUCAUCAUCCGCAAGAAACGCAAGGAGAAGAGACUCAAACGACUCAGAGAUGCUAAGAGCCUUGCAGAGAUGCUUAUCAGUAAGAACAACCGCAGCAUGGACACCCCAGUGAAGGGUCCUCCCCAGGGCCCUCGGCUCCACAUUGACAUCCCUCGUGUCCAGCUGCUCAUCGAGGACAAGGAGGGCAUCAAGCAGAUAGGUGAGGACAAGGCAGUGGCCCCAGUGACAGACACAGAGUUCAGCCAAUCAGUGAAUCCACAGAGCUUCUGCACGGGUGUGUCUCUGCACCAUCCUGCCCUCAUCCAGAACACAGGGCCCUUGAUUGACAUGUCAGACAUCCGCCCUGGAACCAAUCCAGUGUCGAGGAAGUGUGUGAAGUCAGCCCACAGCUCCAGAAACCGCUACUCCAGCCAGUGGACCCUGAGCAGGCCGGGCCAGAGCCAAUCAACAGCCUCCGCAAGGACUCUGACCUCUGACUGGCGCACCAUGGGCUCCCACGGCAUCACCGCUACCGAGAGUGACAGCUACAGCGCCAGCCUGUCCCAGGAUACUGACAAGGGUCGUAACAGCAUGGUGUCCACAGAGAGUGCGUCGUCUACGUAUGAGGAGCUGGCGCGGGCCUACGAACACGCCAAACUGGAGGAGCACCUGCAGCAUGCCAAGUUCACCAUCACAGAGUGCUUCAUCUCCGACAGCUCCUCUGACCAGAUGACCACAGGCACCAACGACCCGGCCGACAGCAUGACAUCACUCAGCACCCCAUCCGAGACAGGCCUGUGCCGCUUCACCGCCUCGCCACCCAAACCCCAGGACUACGACCGCGGCAGACCUACCAACGUUGCUGUGCCCAUCCCCCACCGUGCCAACAAGAGUGAAUUCUGCAACCUCCCGCUCUACAUGAAGACGGAUCCUUUCUUCCGGAAGCAGGCAGAACUGCAUGACCCAUGCCCUGCGGUCCCGCCCAGGGAGGCCUCCAUCCGCAGCCUGGCACAGCGGGCGUACCACACCCAAGGACGUCAUAUGACUCUGGACCCGUCCAAGCAACAGGCCCUGACGCUAGGCCACUCUGGGUUGGGCAGUCUGGGCGUGAGCUCAGGCACUGCCACCCUGCCCCAGAGGACUCUCACCAUGCCCUGCUCCAACCCUGCAGCCACAGCCUCCACUUCCAGCACCAGCAGCAACCCCACUGGCUCCAGCACAAAGAUGGGGGGCUCCAGAGACUCACUGCUAGAGAAUAGCUCCUCAGCGCUGGGCAGACUGCAGAAGCAAGGGGUUGGGGCCUACUCUAAGUCUUACACACUGGUGUAGCUACUAGCCCCCCUUCUCUCUCUCAAAGACUAAACACUCCUGUCUGGCCCGGCCCCGGCCCACACCCAGCCCCACACCAGUGUUCUACACAUCAGGUCAGCGAGGGCAUGCAGUGCAGUGCAGCAGGUGUCCCCAGCUAACUGCUAGCUAACAUCUAAUUACCCAGUAGCGUGAUUAGUCUUUAUUCAGACUUUAGAUUCUGCCUCCCAGGAAUGACCAGAGACCAUUGUAACCUGCCUGAUUCAUGCUCACCUGGACCUGUAUAAAACAAACUACUAUCUCCUACUAACUAUCACUUCUAGCCUGAUGUCACGCUGCUCAAUAUGUGUGUCUGGUGAUGCACACACACACACACACACACACACACACACACACACACACACACACACACACACACACACACACACACAUAUAUAUACACACACAUAUAUACACACACACACACAUAUACACACACACACACACACACAUAUAUAUACACACACACACAUAUAUACACACACACACACACACAGGAAGACCUAGAGCUGUUCUCCAAGGUCAAAUCAUUGAGUAUUACUGAGGAGCUGAACGGUGAAAGCUCACUGCUCGUGCUGAUGAAGUCAAUGAUAGCAGAGGCUGGGCUAAAAAUCAGUGUUCAUCAUACCCUCACACACAUUAUGCUUCCCUCCAAGGUUUGAGCAGAAGCUCCUGCAGGACUACCAGUUUUAUCCCCUAUAGUCUUGUCUUACUCUAUGUCUCAAUGUCCAGUCUCACUCUCCAUUUGCAGUUACUCUCUCUGUCUGGAUUCCAUAAGGAAGGGUUUCAGGUUCACCUCACUCAGAAAAUUGAGUUUGUAUUUUAGCACAUUUAUUGUUGAUAUUUCCUCAAACACCCUCCUCCUUCCAACUCAACAGUAUCCGAUAGCUUUUGACCGAAACAUGACAACCCAAAUGACCCAGCAAUGAAUUAAAAACAUCAGGGCUCUCGCAAUACUAACAAAUGUAGAAUAUUUGGUAUUUUAAAGAUUUCGCAUAUAUAUUUCUAUAUAAGUAUAUCAUGUCAUUUAAGUGAAAAUUAUGGCAAAGAAUAAAAAUAUACAACCAUUUAAAUGUUAAAAAAAAUAUAAGGAGACAAUCGCUCAAUCAUGUGAAGGGCAGUGAAAAUGAAAGAGGGGUAAAGAAUAGAAGAGUAUUAUGAAGAGGGAGGAGCAUGUGUAUAUAGAGGGUUUUCUGUAUGUUACUGUAUGUAGACUGGCUGAGAGGAAGGAAGUGACUUCCAUACAGGAAGUCUCCAUCUCAAAGCCCCCUAUUAGUUGGUAUCUCAUGAGGUUGUCAGUGAUUGGUUGGUAUACUUACUUUUCAGAAGCCAAAUCAUUUCCUUUAAAGAUGGGUGUAACCAAGGCGACCUACACUGUUGUCUAUAAAUUCUCUGCUUUCGUUCACCUGUUACUUGAGUAAAGAAGGGCCGUGACCUCUCAGGGCCUCAGGUAUGGGCCUUUGACCUGUGGUACCAGUGGGGUUAUAGGGUCACUGUGAGUGGAGCAGAAGUCAGGUAUCAGAGCACGGCUACUGUAUCACACAGUUAGCUACUACACAGAGUAGUACACACCAGUAGCCCUGUAACCUUUAUCAACCUCUCAGCCCAUGUAUUACUGCCUCCCUCCCUCCAAUACAAAAUGUCAGCCAAGGCACCAAGGAGGAUAAUCAUGUGAAGUAAGUGAACUGUCUAGUUUAUCAGAGAGACGUUGCCAGCCAAUCGGGGUGUUCAGUUUGAAUAUGAAAGGAUGAUGUGGUCAGUGGUCUAUUGGCAUAUCUGAUGCUGCCCUGUCUUAAGUACUGUAUAUUUCCCACUUCUUUCUCCAUCCCCAAUAGCCAUGUCCAUCCUCAUCCCCAGCUCCAUUUUGUGCUACUACGUGUAGGCUACAUCAACACCGGAACCUGUUGGAAUGUCUAUUGAAGCAUCGCCAUUCUAGUGUUUUGUCAUUUCUUUUGUUUUUGGAUUACGUCCAUAUGUUCAUUUUGAUUGAAUAUGUUCCUUUUUACUUGUUUCUGUUUUUUUGUUGUUUAAAAAAAAAAGUGAUUCCAGAGGCCAAACAGUACUGAAGUAUGACACACCUACAUCUUUGGCCAGUUUUAGCCAAGUGAAAUCAGGGACUCCUAGCUCUUUAGGUCACACACACAGAAACUGUGUAUAUACUGGACUGGGUCAGGAAAACCUGCCACGCCCAACUGGCUCUCCCUAUUCAACUCCCUCCCACCUUGGGCAUACAGUACUGGACCCACCGCCAAUACCUUUGUCGGUGUUGUUUAUAGGUUAACUCUUGUACAUAAAACAGUUUUGUAUGAAGAGCUAUUUUCGUCAGAAUAAAACAGGGCACAGAUCAGGGUUGAAUCAUGCCCCAACUCCAAAUUUAAAACAACAUUGAUUUGAUAAACAUUGAUUUCCGCAACGGGCAACAAAUGUAGUCAUUCUUCUCUAUUCCCUUUAUGUUUUUGAUACUAAGUUGUUGCAUUUUUAUCAUUUGUUAAAGAUCUUUUGGUGUUCCAAAUUCACAUUUUUUUAUUAUAAUUUUUUUGUACUUUGUUCAUCCUCAAAAAUGACAUUGCAUGCUUGGUAAAAGGGAAAAGGCGAGGGAAAGAAAUGUACUAAAAUUUUAAAUUUGAAGAAAAAAAAUGUUGAGGUGAUUCCAAACAUUCGUUUGAGUUGCUUCUAAUAGCAAUUGCUUGUGUUUAAAAUAAAAUUUUCUAUUAAAUUAAAUGAAAAACAAACAAAAAUAGUAUUCUAACACCUUGUGCAAUAAAGCUAUCUUUC